GGAGGGAGAGGGUGAUCGAGGGAGAAAGACAGGGCGAGCGAGGUAGAAGUAAAUGGGCCAAGCAGCAGUCUCAUUCUUGUUGUAUGAGAUCAGGAAGUAGCAGAAUGUGUCAGGAUCUGUUUGUCUGCUGAGAACAAGCCUGAACACGAUAGAAGAAGAAGAAAAAGAAGAAGGGAGAUAAACGGAGGAGGAGACUUGGAGGAGUCUGGGAUCUUUGCCGGUUUUUCUCUCCUUUCAGGAUCUGUUGGCAAAGUGUCCCAGAGGGACUGAGCUAAAGUCCCGGAGUUCCCACAUCCGCCUCACUGCCGCAGGGACAAAAUGAACUAUCUGAACGUCCUGGCCAAGGCACUGUACGACAAUGUGGCCGAGUCUCCGGAUGAGUUGUCCUUCCGGAAAGGUGACAUCAUGACGGUGUUGGAGCGAGACACGCAGGGAUUGGACGGAUGGUGGCUCUGUUCACUCCAUGGCCGUCAAGGCAUCGUCCCUGGCAACCGUCUCAAGAUCCUUGUUGGCAUGUAUGACAGCAAACAGCAGCAGGCCACGCCUUGCACACCAGAUGCAGCUGGUUCCUGUCCCACCUCCCAGAUGCAGCGGCCCCUACCCCCUCAGAACGCCUACUCCAAACCAGCACUUGUCAAUGCUACGUCCUCUGCAGGGUUUGCCAAUAAGCCCCCUCCCUCAGUGCAGUAUACAUCCAUGCACCAAGCCUACUCCACCCCCAGCCCUGCACAGCCCACUCCUGACUCUGUUUACAUGAUGCCCCCUUCCCACAGUCCCAAGCCAAGCUCCCAAAGCCUGUAUCAGGUUCCCUCUGGCCCAAGUGGGCCCACAGUACAAAAGCCAGGAAUCCCUACCAAGGCCCCCACUAUGGGCCACAGACAGUUUCACAUGCCGGGGCAAGAUAUAUACCAGGUGCCCCCCUCUGUAGGCCUGGGACCGGGCCAGGGAGCAGCUCCAGCUGGGGGGGCAGCAACCAGCCAGGAUGUGUACCAGGUUCCCCCCUCCUUGGAGAAGAGGAACUGGGACGGUAGCAACAAGCCCCUUGGCAAGGUGGUGGUCCCAACUCGUGUUGGACAAAUUUAUGUUUAUAACACAGUGAAAACGGACCAGGACGAGUAUGACGUCCCACCCAGACAUCAAAUUUCGACUCAGCAGGACAUAUAUGACGUUCCACCGACCCGCCAGCAGUACAACACACAGGUGUAUGAUACUCCUCCCAUGGUGGUGAAGGGGCCCUCUGGUGGUCAAGAUAUAUACGACACCCCUCCAACCUCAGACAAGAACACUCAACAGACUGUUUAUGACUUCCCCCCAUCUGUCAGCAAAGACGUUCCUGAUGCCCACCUGGUCAGAGAGGAGACCUACGACGUGCCCCCCCACUUUGCCAAAUUAAAGCCCCCAGGCCCCUCCAGCUCCAGCCACUAUCUACACAACAACGUCAGCGACGAUGACGAGCCGCCGAUUCCAGAGGACGUGUAUGAUGUGCCUCCCCCUCCCUUGACUGAAAAGCAUCAUGAACCAGACAGGGGGGCAGUCAGCCAGGCCCCCCAGGAGAUCUAUGAUAUCCCCGCCACCCUGCGACCUGGAGGCCACCCCUCCCAAGACGUCUACGACUUCCCUCGAGAAAGAGAAGACAGAGGAGGAGACAGGGGAGACCAGUAUGUCUAUGACGUCCCACCACAGGUUGUGCGGGAUGCCCAGUCAUCCGGAGAGGAGCUCGCCAUGUCUUUCAAGCGUUUGUCUGCUUCAAGCACAGGAAGUACGCGGAGCAACCACUCUUCUUCAUCGUUGGACAUGGUCCCCGUCCGGGACACCUCCUCAGUUCCCGGUCCCAUUCCAGGGAAACCCCUCAUCUUGGAUCUUGAUCAGGCGAUGGAGCGUCUGUCUCGCCUCCAGCAGGCCGUGGAGUCCAGUGUGUCCCUCAUGAUGUCAUUUAUCACAGGUAACUGGAGAGGUCCUGCUCACCUGGAGGGGAACCUCCCUGCCAUCCAUCAGGCGGCCGACCGGGUGCGCACCACCGUUCGAGACUUCCUAGAAUUUGCCAGGGGUGCGGUGGCGAAUGCCGCACAGGCCACAGACCGGUCACUGCAGACCAAACUGGGCCGACAGGUGGGGAAGAUGGAGGAGGUCUUCCAGAGUUUGAUUCGCCACAGCCAGAGCUUGGACAACAUGUCCUGGUCGCACACAGCGCUCGCCACUCCGCCGCCAGGAGGGGACGACUUAGAUCGACUAAUCAUGACUGCAAGAGGCAUCCCCGAUGACGCCAAGCAACUCGCCUCUUUCCUCCAUGGUAACGCCUCGCUGCUUUUCAAAAGGACCAACCGGCAGCAGCAGCAGCAGCAGCUGCCUCUUCCUCCAAUCCCAGGGGAGAUCAGCGGUCACAUGUCAGGAUCAGGAAGUGGAAGUUACCAGGGAGGAGAAAAGGUGCACAUUCAGUCUCGGCCCCUCCCUUCUCCACCAAAAUUUACUGCUGCAGAGGAAGGGGAAGGUGUGGACAGGCCAUAUGAGACCACAGAGGAAGGCUGGAUGGAAGACUACGACUACGUACAUUUACAGGGAAAAGAGGAGUUUGAGAAGAACCAAAGACAGCUGCUGGAGAAAGGAAACAUCAUCAGACACAAGACACAACUGGAACAGCAGCAGAUCAAACAGUUUGAACGCUUAGAGCAGGAAGUCAGCCGACCAAUCAACAACGACAUGACGGGCUGGGUCCCUCCUCCCAACCACCCUCUGGCCAAUCAGCUGACCAAGAAUGGUGCCGCGGACCUUUCAUCCAAGCUGUGCCACGGCGACCGGCAGCUCCUCCUCUUCUACCAGGAGCAGUGUGAGCAGAACAUCACCACGGUAACCAACGCCAUUGACGCCUUCUUCACCGCCGUCAACUCCAACCAGCCGCCAAAGAUCUUCGUGGCGCACAGCAAGUUCGUCAUCCUGAGCGCACACAAGCUGGUGUUUAUCGGCGACACGCUGUCCCGCCAGGCCAAGUGUCCGGAAGUGAGGGCCUGCGUGGCCCAGAGCAGCAAUACCCUGUGUGAAAAACUCAAAGACAUCGUCAUCAGCACGAAGACAGCUGCGCUACAGUAUCCUUCGCCUGUAGCAGCCAGAGAGAUGACGGAGAGGGUGAGGGAGCUGGCGGGGUGCACGCAGCAGUUCAGGAUGGUGCUGGGACAGCUGUUGCUGAUGUAGGAAGUCCAAAAAACCCCGUUGUGACUUUCCUGCCCCUGAAUCCUGGUGGUCUAAGACCCCCUCUGGACCAGGGAUGCUCUCCUCCCUCCGUUACUCUAAAGGAACAUGAAACCUUGGACGGGCUGUAAAGUAAUCACUGUAAAUAUUUAAGUUUAGAGACAUAAACAGAAAAACAGAAAUCCCCCUAUAUAAAUAAAAACUAAACGUUUUGUUUGUUUUUUUAAGACAGAGAAGAUGAAAGAUAAGUGUAGUUUUUAGACCAUAUCAAUAAUUGUUAUUAAUAUUGCUUUAGUGUAUAAUUAUGGCUCUGAUUCCUGUAUGAUUAUUAUGGAUGUCUAAAUUCCAGAUGAUAUGUAUGAUUCUAUAUUGUAGAACGUCUGAGCUCCUCUGUUGACAAAGAUUGACUCUAAAACACACACUGGAGCGCACAUACACCCUCGGAGGUCACCUGACGGCAUGAUGCUGUGUUGGAAAAGCAGUAAUUUCACCUGAACAGGUGAACAGCUGCAGUACUGUAGGUGCACCAAUCAUGACAAUUGAAAACGUAUCUCUGUUGUUUUGUAAGAGGCAUGUAUUACAGAAAAGUGUAAAAGGUUAAAGAAACAGAUGCAAUUAAAGCUGGGUUUCUUUUUUUCUCUGA